GUGUCGUUAGUUAAGUUUAGUGGUGGUCAGUGGAGUGCGAAAGAGACAAUUUAAGACAGUAAGGAAAUAAUAUAACAGCAAAAUGUCGGUCGUCGACGACGUUAGCCCGUACACGCUGGAUUCGACGAGAUUGAUCUUCUAUCCACUCGUUCUACUCGCAACUGGCCUGUGGCUGUUAUACAGAUGGCAGCAACAGUCAAGACUCCACACACUAGGGAACAAGCUGCCGGGUCCAUUACCAGUUCCUGUAUUUGGAAACGCUCUUUUGGCUUUGGGAAAAAAACCAGAAGAACUCAUAACAAUGGCGUUGGAGUAUGCAGAUCAAUACGGAACCGUAGUCCGAGGAUGGCUCGGAACAAAGCUACUAAUAUUUUUGUCAGACCCCGAUGACGUUGAAGUCAUUCUGAACAGUCAAGUUCACAUCGAUAAGGCUUCAGAAUACAGAUUUUUCAAGCCAUGGCUUGGUGAAGGUCUUUUAAUCAGCUCAGGUGAAAAAUGGAGGUCACAUCGUAAAAUGAUUGCACCAACAUUCCACAUCAACAUCCUCAAAUCGUUCGUUGGUAUCUUCAACCAAAACAGCAAGAAUGUUGUCGAAAAAAUGAGGACUGAAACUGGAAAAGUAUUCGAUGUCCACGACUACAUGAGCGGUGUUACUGUCGACAUUCUCUUAGAAACUGCAAUGGGAAUAACGAAGGACACGCAAGACGAUGCCGGGUUUGACUACGCCAUGGCGGUAAUGAAGAUGUGCGACAUUAUUCACCAAAGACAUUACAAGUUCUGGUUGCGAUUCGAUUCUAUAUUCAAGUUCACAUCUUUCUUUGAGAAACAGAAAAAACUUCUUGGCAUUAUUCACGGACUGACUAACAAGGUAAUUAAGAAUAAAAAAGAAAUAUACAUACAAAAUAAAGCAAAGGGAAUCAUUCCACCAACUAUUGAAGAAGUAACUAAAGAGACUACCGAAAAUGAUACUGGAUUAGCUAAUGUCAAAACUCUUGCUGAUACAGUUUUCAAGGGCUACCGUGACGAUUUGGACUUCAAUGAUGAAAACGAUGUUGGUGUAAAGAAACGUCUGGCUUUCUUGGAUCUGAUGAUUGAAUCUGCGCAAAAUGGAACCAACAAAAUAACAGACCACGAGAUCAAAGAAGAGGUCGAUACGAUUAUGUUUGAGGGUCACGACACAACUGCAGCUGGUUCAAGCUUCGUCCUGUGUCUUCUCGGUAUCCACCAAGAUAUCCAGACUAGAGUUUACGAUGAGCUGUAUGGAAUAUUUGGUGAUUCGGACCGCCCUUGCACUUUUGAAGACACGCUCCAAAUGAAAUAUUUGGAAAGAGUCAUUUUUGAAUCUCUCAGGAUGUACCCACCCGUACCACUUAUCGCUAGGAAGUUAAAACGUGAUGUCAAAAUCGCAACCAAAAACUAUGUUCUUCCGGCUGGAGCUACCGUUGUUAUUGGACAAUUCCAAAUACAUAGAAACCCAAAAUACUACACAAAUCCUAAAGUGUUCAAUCCCGACAAUUUCUUACCAGAAAAUACUCAGAACAGGCAUUAUUACAGUUAUAUUCCAUUCAGCGCUGGUCCCAGGAGUUGUGUGGGUCGUAAGUACGCCAUCUUGAAGUUGAAAAUCUUGCUAUCUACAAUCCUCCGUAACUACAAGAUGGUGUCAGACAUAACCGAGGACCAGUUCGUGCUUCAAGCUGACAUUAUCCUCAAGAGGAGUGACGGGUUCAGGGUUCAAAUCGAACCGAGGAAGCGGGUUCCGUCAACUGCUUGAUAAUAUUUCAUAAUUUUUAUUUUAACAUUACUUAUGUAUUUGUGAGAACUAAACCACUGAUGAUAAAUAACUAUUGAUAUGUUUAUUUUAUAUAUAUUAUAUAAUUAUUUUUAUUCAGUCUAAUAAGUGUUGAAUUAACAUAUAUCUUUAUAUUACAUUUAAUACAUAUCAGAAAUAUAUUUGCAUAAAAUAUA